GGCAAAUUAUACACAAACAUCUCUCGUCUCAUCUUACGUAAAUCAUGGCGAUUAGAUUCAUAGGAAUGAUGUUGUUUUUAGCUCUAAGUUUACUUCUUCUAGAAACCAUUGGAGUCCUGGGAGAUAUAGGCACAGCCACGUCUUACAAUCCCCCCUACACACCUACAAGAUGCAAUGGUAAUCGAGAAGACCAAUUUCCUGCGGGAAACCUGUUCGUGUCCGUAAGUGAGGGCCUGUGGGAUAACGGCGCCGCCUGCGGCCGCCGCUAUAGGCUGAGUUGUUUGAGUGGUAACAACAGACCGUGUAAGGGAGAUACUAUUGACGUUAAGGUGGUGGAUUUUUGUGGCAAGAGGCCUUGCCCAUCAACUAUUGUAUUAUCUAAAGAUGCCUUUGCACAAAUCUCACAUUCUCCUCAAGCCAAAAUCAACAUUGAAUAUAUCCAGAUAUAGGAAGCUGAGAGAACAAAUAUGUUGGAGUAUACGUGUCAUUAAAUUAUAUACUCAUGGCUGAGUAACAUUACAUUCUCUUUCAAAAUUUUCUUUAAUAUUAUUCACCUAGCAUUGUUUGAUUAAAUAUUUGUGUAUAUAUUUAAUUAUUAAGUGAAUUUAUUUUUUAACUCAUGGUGAGAUAAUUGGUCAUUUCGUGAGUGAGCAAUGAAGAUACUUUUGGCUGCCAAAAAUGGGUCAGUUAGAUGUAGAUCCUACUUUAACUUAGGCCAUGGUUAUAAAUGAGGUUAUCUCUUGGGCUAAGGAGUGUGAUUGGCAGAAGUUGGUGAUCUACUCGACUGUCAAGUAGUUUGCAAGAUGUUGGAGGAUUUUUUACCGAACUAUUAUUAUAUUGGAUGCAUUCUCCGUGAUUGUUAUAAUCUGAAACGACAUUUUGUUAAUGUGUCGUUCUAUUAUGUUUCUAGAUCAGCGAAUACGUUUGCUCAUGCAUUAGCUAGAGCGGCGACUUCUCAGUCUGGUCCUGGUUCUUGAUUUUUAUCCUUUCAUGAUUAUAUUCAGCAUUUACGUUUGAGUGAUUAAUAUAUCACACUUUUCUUGGUUU